AUGGUAGCAAAACACCCUGGGAUAAACACUGAGGAUUCCUCAGAGGAUGAUCUGGAUUUGGAGCUAAAGCAGCUCAGACGAGAAGAGGUACAGGAGGAAUACCAUCCCAUGACUAGCCGCAAUUUCUUCAUCAUUUUCCUGGAGUUCCCAACUUCGCAGGCAAGCGUCCAUAAAAGGAGGGCACGGAGAGACGUAGAAACAGCGCUGACUGCAGUCUUGCUUACGGAGAAAGGAGUGUCCCCGCUCUUCUCCCGGCAGGACGCGCCGAUCAGCCGCCUUGCCGGUGUGUGUGGCUAUUUUAAGGAGUGCACUCGGAUUCAGAACAUUGUUUGUGCACGGUGCUGUAAAAGCCAGCUCGAUUCAUGGUAUACGCUGCUGUCCGGAGACUUGCCUGGAUGGUCGGCAGCAGAGCCCUCGGCGGUGCCCGGCGGGGGACGCGGUGCCGACGCGGGGGUCAGCGGGCUGCAGCCCGGCAGCGGGGCCAUGUUCUACUUCCACUGCCCCCCGCAGCUCGAGGGCACUGCCCCCUUCGGAGCGCACUCCGCCGGCGACUUCGACGACGGGUUCCUGCGCAGGAAGCAGCGUCGUAACCGCACCACCUUCACACUGCAGCAGCUCGAAGCACUGGAAGCUGUUUUUGCUCAAACCCAUUACCCCGAUGUGUUCACUCGGGAAGAACUGGCGAUGAAAAUCAACCUGACAGAGGCCCGGGUGCAGGUGUGGUUCCAGAAUCGAAGAGCUAAAUGGAGGAAAACAGAGAGGGGGGCUUCUGACCAAGAGGGCUCUAAGGAAGCAAUGGCAGAGGUGGCACCUCCUGUCAGGAACUUAAAUUCCCCUUCUCCAGCUGAUCAAACCAGGAAUAAAAAGGAGAGCCUGGAGAUCCAGCAGAGCCUGAGUCGAGCAGUCGGUCCUGCAGGACCCUUCUUCCCCUCCUGCCUGCCUGGGACUCUUCUCAACACGGCCACCUAUGCACAAGCUUUAUCCCAUGUUGCCUCUCUCAAAGGGAGUCCACUGUGCUCAUGCUGCGUUCCAGACCCCAUGGGCCUGUCCUUCCUGCCUACGUACGGCUGCCAAAGCAACCGCACUGCCAGUGUGGCUGCACUGCGCAUGAAGGCCAGGGAGCACUCAGAGGCCGUGCUGCAGUCUGCCAACCUCCUGCCCACCGCCAGCAGCCCCACUCCUCCUGCCAAACCCAGCCCAGAGAGCAGCCAGGACAAGCAGCCCUCUCCAGCCAAGGAGCACAUGGAAGGAGAGAAGAGUGUAUGAGGCCAGACUGUCACUGGCCCCACAGCCUUGGAGCCAAGACCAGACACCGGGGCUUUGCCAUCAAUGGAACUUCAGAGUGGCCGUGCCACAGUAGCACAUCAAAGGGCCACCAGGGACCUGGCAAGUCUAAGUGACCACUCUGGCUGCCUUUCACACACCUUUGCUUCUUUUGCACUGCUGUAGGUUCAUUCUCCUGAUUUAUUGGCACAAUCUGUGUUUGGAAACAUUUGUGAAACUGUUUUUAGCUCCCCUUCCACAUCCCAGAGAUGCCAAAAUGCCCCCCCUUGAUCCUGCACACCCCAGCCAUGCUUCCCAAGGCUGCAUUUCUCAGCAGUAGUAGGGCCAACCCCAGCUGUCCCUGGGACUUCAAUCACUUCCACCUGAUUCUGACCUUCCCAAGAAUAAGAGUUACCAUGUGGGGAGCAGGGCUGCUCCCUGGGGAUCACCACCACUGCCAGUCCUUCAUUCUACAUGGCUGCCAGGUAUAGGGUCUGGGGCAGGAGAGGCCUCCAGGCAUCAUUUACCCACAUUGUGCAGAGGCACAUGAAAGUGAGUGCAUGUUUA